AUGGGAGAUCUUGCACUGACCUACAGUCUCUUUGUGGACAAAACAUGGAGUUGUUGGGAGUCGGGUAAUUCAACUCAGUGCAAUCUCGACUACGGAUUCGAGUGGCCAAUGGCGUCACAACCAGCUGGAAUCACUACGGCUGUCGUCUUUGCAAUCUGCGGUCAGGCCCUCGUCACACUGGGCUGUGUCAUUCUCGGUGUUUCCCUACUGACUCCAUUCUGCCCGCAACCAACCUCUUCCUACGUUAUACGGGACGUAUGUCUAACCACGGGUGUCUACCUUCUUGCUUUCUCCCUGAUGAUUCACGUCAUUGCGGCAGAACGAAUCAAGGUGGACUUCUACAAACUCAUCACAAACUACUCAAGUGGGCUUCUGGUAUUUCUCGUCGGCUGGACGUCUGUUGUCGUAGCAGUUACCGUUGACAUGGUUGGCUGCGUUUUGCCAUACACCUUGCAGAAUCCCACUGACAGGUAUAUUUGGCUGUGGCUUCACCGACACUAUACAUUCCACAAGUAUCGUCUUCUGGAGGAUCACUAUCGGAUUGUGCCAAAGGACACUGACGUUGACGAGCUGGAGCGCGUAAGGGGUUAG